ACAUUUUUUCUUUCCAAAAAAAAGAACUUAGAGAGAAGAGAAAAGAAAAGAAAAGAAAAAAAAUCAAAAAACAAAAAAGAUUACAAAUUUCACAAAAUGGAAAAUAAUCUAUAACAAUAAUAAUAAUAAGGGUUUUCGAAUUUCACUUUCUUUUCUCUCUCCCACGUUUAAUUUUCCUUUCCCUCUAUCCCUCCCCUCUUUUUUUUUUUUUCCUCUAUAUCUGUAUUAUUUUUUUUUUUUUCAUUUUUUCCCUCGCUUUUCUCCAUAUCUACAAUCCUCCGGGAAGCUGGAAAACUAUAAUUUCCAUUUUUUCCCGUAGAAAUUUACCUCCGUUUCUCAGUUAUCUCGUUUUAUUUUCAGGAAUUUGUAUUCUGUGUUACAACUGAGGGAAGGAGGAAUUCAUCCUAUGUGAAACCGAGGGGUAUACAUAUACAUACAUUAACAUUUUAUCAAAGAGGGAGGGAUUGAGAGCUUGUUUUACAGGAUUAAUCGUCUUUUGGUUUGUGAAAUUUUUGUUUUUUUUUCCUGCUUUCUUUUGUUAUUCCAUUCUCGACGAUUGAUUGGAUGUGCAUUAGAAUAUGGAUUCUCAAAAUUCGGCCCCAACGACUAGCCAAGUCAACUGUUGUGAUUGUGGGUGCAGCAGUUGUUCUACAAUGAACAUGUCCUAUUCAGGGACUUGGCUCCGGUCUGUGAAGCGAAAAUUUGAUGAAUAUGAUGGGAAUAAGUUUAUGAUCCCUGGCCUUGUCUUACCUCUAAAUGCUCGUAUAGAAAUUGAAAAUGAAUGUCUAGCACUAAGGGAAAUGGUAAGUAAGCAACAACACACAAUUCAGGAUUUAAGUGCUGAACUGGAGGAAGAACGAAAUGCGUCUUCCUCAGCUGCAAAUGAGGCCAUGUCAAUGAUUUUGAGGUUGCAAGGAGAAAAGGCAGAGGUUCAGAUGGAAUUUAAACAAUUUAAGAGGUACACUGAGGAGAAAACUGCACAUGAUCAGCAGGAGAUUAUGGCAUUGGAGGAUAUAUUAUAUAAGAGGGAGCAAUCAAUUCAAUCAUUGACUUGUGAGGUGCAAAUGUAUAAGCAUAGAAUGAUGAGUUAUGGGCUAACAGAAUCUGAGGCUGAUGGUGAUGGUGAGACGGAAAAGGGCCGUUUUAGUCGGAACAAUAGUAUGUCCGAGACUACCAAUGGACCAUUCGAAGUUCCUCCAUUUGAUUACCCUCCGUUGAAAUGUACUAUUAAUGAGAAUCAAGUAUACACAGAGUUUGAUAAUGAUGUUGAUGUUGAGAAAUAUGCAUUUGAAGAGACCCCACGUUCAUCCGACCAGUUGCGUGAUUUGGAGCAUAGGAUCAAUCAGUUGGAGAGGACACCAAGAAGCACUGAUGGGGAUCAUUUCAAGAACAACAUACUUGAAAAAGUUAUAGUUGGUCAUUCUCCAAGGAGGAGUAGGCAUCUUAGAAAAUUUUCAACUGAUAGUGUAGGAUCUCCCUUCAUUACAAAUAAAGAAAUUAACUCAGAUUUCAUCUCAGAUUCUCCAAGGUUUGGUGGAAGUAUUAGAAAAGCAGAAUAUUCACAAACAGAAGAACGUUCAAACUUGAGGAAGGUGGAUAGUUCUUCAGAAAAUGGAGAUGACAUGAGCGACCGAGUUUACACAAUUGAUUCUGUACAUCAGAGGGCUGGAUAUAAUGGUGUCUCAGAACUCAAGAGUUCAGCCGGAAUGGUUGACGACUACACCCCGAGGGAUUCAUUGCAUAAUACAGAUUUUGAAGAUCCAGAAGUCACAAAGUUAUACUUUAGGCUUCAGGCACUAGAGGCUGACCGGGAAUCAAUGCGACAGGCUAUGAUUGCUAUGCGGACUGAUAAAGCACAGGUGGUAUUGCUCAAGGAGAUUGCUCAGCAAUUAUGCAAAGAGAUGAACCCAGCCGUGAGAAAACCUGCGAAGAAGCCAUCUUUAAUUGGGAGCUUUUCGUUCAUGUCUGUAUUCAAGUCGAUGGUAUGCUUUGUUUUAUGGAGAAGAAAAGCACGCAGAUGCAAGUACACAUUUGGAUCGUCGGCCAACAAUGCAGGCUUGCUAAUGCUUUUAGACAAGGGACCUCGCAUGGGGCAGUGGAGAUGUCUGAUGAGCACGCAGGUGGAAAACCGUCUCUAGUAAUCCACAUCGAUUACUGAAAACUAUCAUAACCGUCAGUACGUAAUGGAUUGUAGUCAGAUUGAUUGUUUUUUCAUAUUACUUUCUUUCUCCCCCCUUGAAUUCCUUGCUGCUGCAAAUUGUGGGUUCACGUCUGCGCUGUGUUCUUCCGCUUGAUUCUUGGAAUUGUAGCAACAUUUGGCUGAACCAGUGUCAUUGAAAAUAUAGAUGUUCCACUGCCAGUUUGGGACUUGUGAAUAAUUGUGAUCAUAUAUGGCAUUUUGCUCAAGGUUUUCUUUUUCUUUUUUUCUGUAUAUUACAAUUUGUGAAUGAAUUUUUUUUUUUUU